AUGCCAUUCAGCGACUAUCGUCGUAAUAUGGAAACCUAUCGCCAAAUGGCGAAAUCAAACAUGCUGGAAGCUCAGAUCAGAAAUCAAAUACAAUACGAUAAAGGAAGAGCCAAGUCAUGCGAAUACAAGAUUGGUGACCUGGUUAAAGUCAAGCGGGCUGUUCUAGAUACACAUAAAACAGAACUGAACGAAAACGACUACAAGUUGAGAUCAAAGUAUGCUGGUCCUUUCAAAGUUACAAAGAUUAUCAGCCCAACCAAUGUAUCAAUCAAAAUCAACAACCGUAAAGGCGAUCGUCAAAACCGUACAGUAAAUGUAUCAGACAUUUAUAUUAUGGAUGCAGAUGGCGUCGACACUGACGUACAAGACAUUGUGGAAAUCAUUGGGAAAAGAAACCAAAAGUAUGGACGCGGAUCUAGAAUCGAAUACUUGGUAAAGGCCCUCGACAAGAUAGAGCAUAAAAAAGUAGAUUCAUUUAAAGAUAUUAUAAAGAGUUUAAGAGGUACAAGACUCUGCGUACUCUUCAUCUAUAACCGUUCACCCUCAGCUUCAUUCCUCUCAUCCUCUUCACCACCGCCAUCCUCUUCUAUUCUCUCUACAACUAUCAAUAAUAAUAUUAAUAAUAUAAUAAUUCACUAA